UUUUUGACAAUUUUGUUAGUGAAAAAAAUUACUUGCUGUAAUAUUUUUUUGAUUUUUGAAAAACAAUGGGUGAACAUGUUCUAAAUAGCAACGAUUUCGGCUACGGACCGUUACAUAGAGCUGUGAUUCUAGACAACAAAAAUGAGAUAGUGAGGCUACUUACUUCUGAUAUUGACACCACUAUUAAAGACAGUCUGGGAUUCAGCGCUAUCGAUUUAGCAAUCAUAUUGGAGAAGACUGAACUUUUACCAUUAUUGACUGCAAAUCAAUCAAAGGAACUCAGUCCAAAAGAAAGAUUAAAUUUCUUAAAAGAUGAAGUCGAGGCUGAAUCAAACAGAAAUGACUUUGAUCCUUUAAAAUGUAAUAAUAACGUUGCAGAUAUAAGUUUAUCAAAACAUGGCGGAAAGAUGUCAAGUGCUAAUGCAAAUAAACAAUUACUGGAUGAAAGUAAAGAAUUUGUCGAAAUUACAAAAGAAACAAAAAAAAGUGAUUUGAAUUUAAUAAGUCAAAAAGUAAAUAUCUGUAACGAAAUUAUUCUUGAUAGUUCAACAAAUUUUAUUGAUCAAAAAGUAAAUAUUGACAUGAAUAAAGACGAAGAGAACUGGGAAAUUUGGGAUUUAAACACUCAACACGAGAAAAGUUUAGAUGAAAGCGAAAGUUUAUUUGUUGAUUCAAACAAUAUUGAAGGAGAAUUGACUCAUAGUUUUCAGCUAGAUUCGUUUGAAGCAAAGCAGUUGAAUGUGUACGCAUCUCCUACCAAGUUUAAUAACUCGGUAGAUUUAAAUGACUUUAACGAAAUAGGAAAAGAGGACUCGAAAGGGUUUAGCAAAAGUUUUAGUUACAUAUCAAAAAAUUCUUCUAAUAAAGAGAACGUUAAAGGAAAACAUAGUACGAGUUUAAAUUUGGACAAAUUUAAACAAUGGUUUAGCCCGCUUAAAAAGUCGUCUUCCGAAGAAAAGUUAACGCGGUCAAAUAAAAAGUCUAAUUUUAACGAAAAUAACAGAUUGCUAGUUACUAUCAGUCCGCCUGAUAGUGCAAGUAGCUCGCAAGAUAAAAAACAAUCAUACACUAUUACUUUUAAACCUGAAAAUCGUAUUAAUAACAAAGCUUCAACAGUACUAAAUACAGCUACGCUACAAAAAAGUAUGCUUGCUAUUGCAUUAGGUGUUGGAUUAGGCAAAGAAAAUCAAACAAACGAUGCAAUCUGCAAUGCUUUACUUCCUCAUACGGUAGUAGAGCGCGGCGAGUUUUCACUCGGAGAAAAUAUUGAACCUUCUUCGUCUGAUGAAUCUGGUGACAAAUCUCAAAAGAAUAAUUUUAUAGAUUUUUCUCCAUUUGAAGAUAUGAAUUUAAGUCAUCCCAAAUUUUCGACCCCAGAAGAAAUGGUUCAAACAAAUAAUCCAAUCAUUAGCAAUAAUUCAAAAGAUAGCAUAGAUGUUAACAUACGAAAACAGGGUUCUCAUAUUCGAGCCCUAAAUUUUGAAUCUGAUUCUGACUCUACCCCAAUUAGUUUAGAUAAAAACGAAAACGAACAAAUUUUGUAUAACGAUCAAAUGGCUUCUGGAUUGCGUAUUACAUUGCAAGAUACUGACGCAAUUAGUUCUAUUACUACACCUUAUGCUGACAAUGUAAAUCUCUUUUAUAACCACAAACUUUUAGAAAAAGACGAAGGUUUAAGUGAAGAUUACCUAAGGGAUAGUCGCCUUGAUUCAUUUGAGCUCCAUGAAAUGGAGUGCAUGGGUACAAGCAGUGCUCGUAGCUCACCCGAAAAAGUACCGUCUGAAUCUGAAGACGGGAGAGAGAAUGGUGUAAUUUAUCAUCUGGAAAAUGGGGAGAAUAGAAAAAUGACUUUAGAGUUGUUAAAUUAUAUGCCUUCUAUUCUUGAAAGAUCAUCAGAACAUGAAAGUGAAAGUCGUGAUAGUUUAGAUGGCACUUUAGCAUCAAAACUUUUCAACCAAUCGAUUGACGUAAAGAAACAAAGUGAUUUAACAAGCGAUAACUUUUUGGAUGAAUGUGUUGAGAUAAAUAUUGAGUCUAAGUAUGAAGAUAGCACAAAAUGUCAUUUGAAUACUCCUGUAACUAACGUCAAACAAUCAUCCAGCCAUAAUGACCUUAAAUCAGUUAUUAACACUAAAAAUUAUGAUUCGAAUGCAUCAGGAAGUGCCGCCAACACACAACCGUGCACGUGUCGUGACGUACACGGGUGCAAUCAUGUAGACUUUAAUACAAAUACUAAAGAAGAUAACGAACAAAGUGAGAAGAAAAAAAAACAAAUUACAGCAGAAAAACAAAAUUUUGGUGAUAUAAAGCAAAGCUUUAAUGGAACUUUCGAAGAUAUAAAAAAUGACUCCGCUAAAUGUGAUUUGUAUGAUCCAAAUCAAUACCUUAUUCAAAAAGCUGCAAUCUUACAAAACGACAAAUCAAGUUUGGUGUUUGAAGUUCCCAUAGAUAAACUUGAAGAUUGUUUAUCAAACACAAAACACUUUGACGCUGCACUAACGCCUAAUAAAAAUGAUAAAAAAGAGAUUACACUAACGCUAAACAAAGAAAGUGAAACAAAUGUUAUUUUAACGCCUGAUAAAAAUGACAAAAAAAAGAUUGUAUUAGCGCUAAACAAAGAAAGUGAAACAAAUGAUAUUCUAACGCCUGAUAAAAAUGACAAAAAAGAGAUUGUACUAACGCUAAACAAAGAAAGUGAAACAAAUGAUAUUCUAACGCCUGAUAAAAAUGACAAAAAAGAAACUGUACUAACCCUAAACAAAGAAAGUGAAACAAAAGAUAUUCUAACGCCUGAUAAAAAUGACAAAAAAGAGAUUGUACUAACGCUAAACAAAGAAAGUGAAACAAAUGAUAUUCUAACGCCUGAUAAAAAUGAGAAAAAAGAGACUGUACUAACGCUAAACAAAGAAAGUGAAACAAUUGAUGUUCAAACGCCUAAUAAAAAUGAUAUAAAAGAGAUUACACUAACGCUAAAUAAAGAAAGUGAAACAAAUGUUAUUUUAACGCCUGAUAAAAAUGACAAAAAAAAGAUUGUAUUAGCGCUAAACAAAGAAAGUGAAACAAAAGAUAUUCUAACGCCUGAUAAAAAUGACAAAAAAGAGAUUGUACUAACGCUAAACAAAGAAAGUGAAACAAAUGAUAUUCUAAAGCCUGAUAAAAAUGACAAAAAAGAAACUGUACUAACGCUAAACAAAGAAAGUGAAACAAAUGUUAUUUUAACGCCUGAUAAAAAUGACAAAAAAAAGAUUGUAUUAGCGCUAAACAAAGAAAGUGAAACAAAUGAUAUUCUAACGCCUGAUAAAAAUGACAAAAAAGAGAUUGUACUAACGCUAAAUAAAGAAAGUGAAACAAAUGAUAUUCUAACGCCUGAUAAAAAUGACAAAAAAGAAACUGUACUAACCCUAAACAAAGAAAGUGAAACAAAAGAUAUUCUAACGCUUGAUAAAAAUGACAAAAAAGAGAUUGUACUAACGCUAAACAAAGAAAGUGAAACAAAUGAUAUUCUAAAGCCUGAUAAAAAUGACAAAAAAGAAACUGUACUAACGCUAAACAAAGAAAGUGAAACAAAUGUUAUUUUAACGCCUGAUAAAAAUGACAAAAAAAAGAUUGUAUUAGCGCUAAACAAAGAAAGUGAAACAAAUGAUAUUCUAACGCCUGAUAAAAAUGACAAAAAAGAGAUUGUACUAACGCUAAACAAAGAAAGUGAAACAAAUGAUAUUCUAACGCCUGAUAAAAAUGACAAAAAAAAGAUUGUAUUAGCGCUAAACAAAGAAAGUGAAACAAAUGAUAUUCUAACGCCUGAUAAAAAUGACAAAAAAGAGAUUGUACUAACGCUAAACAAAGAAAGUGAAACAAAUGAUAUUCUAACGCCUGAUAAAAAUGACAAAAAAGAAACUGUACUAACCCUAAACAAAGAAAGUGAAACAAAAGAUAUUCUAACGCCUGAUAAAAAUGACAAAAAAGAGAUUGUACUAACGCUAAACAAAGAAAGUGAAACAAAUGAUAUUCUAACGCCUGAUAAAAAUGAGAAAAAAGAGAUUGUAUUAGCGCUAAACAAAGAAAGUGAAACAAAUGAUAUUCUAACGCCUGAUAAAAAUGACAAAAAAGAGAUUGUACUAACGCUAAACAAAGAAAGUGAAACAAAUGAUAUUCUAACGCCUGAUAAAAAUGACAAAAAAAAGAUUGUAUUAGCGCUAAACAAAGAAAGUGAAACAAAAGAUAUUCUAACGCCUGAUAAAAAUGACAAAAAAGAGAUUGUACUAACGCUAAACAAAGAAAGUGAAACAAAUGAUAUUCUAACGCCUGAUAAAAAUGAGAAAAAAGAGAUUGUACUAACGCUAAACAAAGAAAGUGAAACAAUUGAUGUUCAAACGCCUAAUAAAAAUGAUAUAAAAGAGAUUACACUAACGCUAAAUAAAGAAAGUGAAACAAAUGUUAUUUUAACGCCUGAUAAAAAUGACAAAAAAAAGAUUGUAUUAGCGCUAAACAAAGAAAGUGAAACAAAAGAUAUUCUAACGCCUGAUAAAAAUGACAAAAAAGAAACUGUACUAACGCUAAACAAAGAAAGUGAAACAAAAGAUAUUCUAAUGCCUGAUAAAAAUGACAAAAAAGAGAUUGUACUAACGCUAAACAAAGAAAGUGAAACAAAUGAUAUUCUAAAGCCUGAUAAAAAUGACAAAAAAGAAACUGUACUAACGCUAAACAAAGAAAGUGAAACAAAUGUUAUUUUAACGCCUGAUAAAAAUGACAAAAAAAAGAUUGUAUUAGCGCUAAACAAAGAAAGUGAAACAAAUGAUAUUCUAACGCCUGAUAAAAAUGACAAAAAAGAGAUUGUACUAACGCUGAACAAAGAAAGUGAAACAAAUGAUAUUCUAAUGUCUGAUAAAAAUGACGAAAAAGAAAUUGCACUGGCACUAAACAAAGAAGGCGAGGAAAAUUUUAUUCUAAUGGCUAAUGAAAAUGACGAAGCGGACGUUAUUACAAGGCAUUUUUCAAUAAAUGAAAUUAAUGGCAGUUUAACGUCUAAUACAAAUGAUGAAGCGGAUACAACACAAAAGCUUAAUAACUGCAAUGAAACGUUUAAUAGUCAAAAUAAUUAUGGAUCUGAUACAAAUGUUUCAACAGCUCAAGAAUUUCUAGUAGAUAAUUCUAAAAAUAAAUCAAAGAAGUGUUUAUGGUACAAUUAUACCGAAGACGAGUUUAAAGCUUGCAAUAAUGGAGUUGACAAAGUUUAUGAAAGUGAUUCCAUGGAGAAAGUGCUUGUAGUUGAAGCAAACCCAGUUUAUAACACACAGCAAUUUUUAAACACUUCACUAGUUGUUCAAACAAGCCAUAUUUUUAAUGUAGAUGAUGGUUGUUUAAAAAAUCAACAAUCAACCUGCGAUAUAAAGAGUGAAUGCAAAGUACUUUAUAAAGAGCUUUACGGAAAAGAAAUCCAUUCUAGUAACAUUUCGAUGACAGAAAAAUUGACUACAACAUCUUUAACAUCAUCUAAAACAAUUACUUCAUUUCUGACUACAUCUCCAAAGACAUCUCUGACAACGGUUUCAACAACAUCUGAAACAACCUUUUCAACAACACCUCUAACAACAUCAACAGCGUCAGAAAUGUCAACAACGAUAACAUCCCCGACAGCACUUAAAAUAUCUGCAAUAACAUCUCCAGCAACAUCUCCAACAACAAAGUCUAAAAUACUAUCUCCAAUAACACCUCCAAAAAUAUCUAUAUCACCUGUAAAAACGCCUCCAAAAAUAUCUCCAUCCCCAGUAACAACGCCUCCAAAAAUAUCUCCAAUAACAACAUUUUUAAUAAAUUCUCCAACAACAUUUGCAACAACAUCAGGAACAUCAUCUCUAACAACAUCUUUUAAUGCAUCAUUAUCAACACCUCCAACAACACCUGCAAAAACAUCUUUAGCAUCUUCAAUUACACCUACAUCCCCAUCUUUUAAAACAUCCCAAUCUUUCAAAAUAUGCUCCAAAAUCUCUCCAAUAACAUCUACAACAACAGCUUCAACAACAAUUUCAAAUAGAAAGUUACCAAUGAUAACCUCAACAGUACAAUCGACAUCUGAAGCAACGUCUUCAACAAAAACUACAACUUUUGUAUCAAUAACAUCAAAUGAGUGUGUUGAAACUAAUAAUGUAACCGUUGAGGAAGAAACUAUUAGAGAAUGCAUUGUCAGAGUAAACAAUAUAUCAGAUAAUGCAAAAGAUGAUGUAAGUCAUUCUUCUAUGAGUUUCAGAAAUUUACCUAAAAGCAAUUUUAUUGAUAACGAAACUCACGCAAUAUACCCCACCUCUGGUGAUACAAACAAUAUAACCACGCGAAGGAUCAUUAAAAAAAAAGAAUCACUUAUAUGGGAUAAUCUGUUGCCUCAAUACGAGGAAUACAACGAGAAUAUAACAAAAGAUUCUAAAAAAGAAUCGUUGCAACAAAUUUCUCAAAAUCUUCAAGAAGAGAACCAAAUUAAUUUCGUUAACAAAGAAGAAAAUAUAAAAAUAAAUGAGGGGAAAAAAGGAAAAGAUUUUUUUGAAAAACCCAAAACAAUUUAUAUUGAUACUUUACCUGAACGUAAGUUAGAUAUAAAUGAAGAUAUAAAUGAAGUUUGUGAAAAGAUACCCUUAAAUAUCUUUACUCAUAAUGAAGUUUGUGAAAAGAUACCCUUAAAUAUCUCUACUUAUAAUCAAUUGCAAAAGACUGAAUGCAAUGAAAACUGCAAAUCAGCUGAUUUCAAAAAUCAAUUAGAUUUAUCAUUUAAUUCUAAUAUGUUACAAGAAAACAAAUUACAUGUCAACCUCGGAAAUAAAAAUUCAAAUGACGCAGAUGUUCAUAACUUUGUUCACGUUAAAGGGGAUGAUAUGGACGAGCAACUAUUCCAGUCAAAAAGCAGCGAGUUAGAUGCUUGGGUAACCAGUAUUAAUUCUUCGUUAUCAAAUAGAAAAGAAGUGGCUAAAUUAUAUGCAAUGCUUUCUUUAAAUUAUUUUCAAAUCAUCAAUGAGAGUGCAGAUAAAUGUCAGGAAGAUUUAGAUAAUAGACAGAAAUAUGCAAAUAAAGCUAAAAUAUGUAUUGAUAAAGCUCAUGCUCUUUACAACAUUUUAAAAGAUAACGAAGAGUGUAGUUUUGAAAGUGUUAUAAAAUACUUAUUAGAGUUUCAAGAAGAUUGUUUUGGGCUUUCUUGGCCUGAAAUAAACAAAAAUGCUCAGGCUUUAAUCGUUUUUUUGAAUAGUGUAUUCAAAGAAAGUGAUGUAAUUACUAAACACAUUCAAUUUGUAGGUGAAUUGGUAGCAAACCCCAAAAUGUACUUAUACAAUCUUUCCACUCCAAGGAUUGAAUUGUUAAAAACAUGUUUUUUUGAAGAAUUAAAGCAUUUAAAAACAUGCAAUGAUAAUGAUUAUUUGAUAAAAUGCUUUAUUAUGAUAUCGAGAUACUUUGUUUUACUUGAUCAACCGACUACAGAAUCAUUGACAAAAGAACAUUUGUUGCCUUUUAUUAACGAAAAGAAUGGCGCCGAGUUUUUAAUUAGUAUUGUUACUUACAUGGGUCUGUUUAAAUCUAAUAGUAAAAAUAUGGAUGUAACGUGCGAUGCAACAACUUCUUUAAUUCUUUUAACAAUUAUUUUCCAAAACAAAAACUUUGAUUUUAAAAUUAAAAAAGACCUCGUACAGUUUUUAGAGAUCACUGCUAAACAAUUUCAGUUUUGUAAUCAAGAGAGGUUGAAGCUUCUUCAUUGUAUAACAUCUUAAAUAAAUUAAUAUUUUGUUGUUAAA